UUCUCAUCUUGACAUUUACUCUUCUCCCCCUUUUUUUUAUAUAUAUAUAUUUAUAUUUAUUUAUUUUCACCAUUUUUAUAUCAAUAACUUAUUUUUAAUUAUCAACAUUAAAUCAAUCUCAUCUUUUUGUUAAAUAUAUAUAUAUGGAAAUCAACAGUGGGUCAACUUUAAGACGAAGUGUUGGUGGUAUUCGAAAGUCUCAACGUCCUAUCAACCCAAUAUCUGUUUAUGAUUAUGCUUUACGUUGUGCUAUUCGAGCUUGUUUAGAACAAACUAGUAAUUUACGACCUAAUUCACAAAAUAGUCGAUCAGAAAAGGAUCGUCGCUCUGUCCAUCUUGGUGUUAGUGAUAUGCUUGGUAGUUUGACAGAACGUUUUGGUGAUGAAAGUAAACCUGAUAAAUUGACAAGGGAAGUAGUACGUGCCUUAUUAAGAAGAUUGGAUGAUAUCAAGAAAGGAAAAGAUUCCAGCAAAAUAGAAUACCGUGAACAAAGGUUUUUAAAUGUGGUGGCUCAAGUUCAAAAAUCUGUACAACAACAUCGUUAUCGACCUUCUGGUACUAUUAAUGACUUGGUAAUUGUCUUUUUGAAAACAUCAGAAACAGAAUUCAAAAAAGAAAAUCCAAAUAUGGUUGCUUGGCGUGAUGAUUUGACUCGAUAUGUGGCUCGCUUUGCUGAAAUUCUCAAACAAACUGUUCAAGAAGAUGCUCCUUCUUCAUCAUCACCUGAAUUAAUCGAUAAACUUAAUGGAUUUAUUGGUAGUUCAACAAAAACUUCUCGACAACUUUCUGAUAAACGAAAUCAAUCUGGUCCGGGUUCUCCUCUUCCUUCUUUGGCUUACGGUUCCAUUGAAUCUUUUGAAAGUUUUCCUAUGAUCAAAACAGUGCAAGCCUUAUUUCAAGUAGACCCUAUUGAACAUAGAAGAAAGCUUAGGGAACUUCAACCUAUUUGUACUCAAUCUGCCUUUAUGCAUGAUUUGAAGAAAUGUAUCAACAAUGUCCAUACCAAUCAACCUUAUCCUGCUAAAUCUGAUGAUUUUCCUAAUCGACAAACUUAUGAUGCUUGGCAAAAACGUGAAGUGAAACAACUAUCUGAAUUAUUGAAAACAUUGACACUUUUAGAUCCAAACUUGUCUAUGAAUGCUGGUGAUCAUGAUACCAAUGCAAUCAAUGGAAAUAGAUCAUCCCUUUAUGACCCAUCAUCGGCAAUGACCGGAUUUACGUUUAUUCCUAGUGAUCCUCGUGCAUACUUCCGACUUCUCAUGAAUAUGUGUAUAGAUUAUGAUACUGAAAUUAUUCCUGAUUCUGAAAGGGCAAAAACUAGUGUGUUAUCGCAACAAUCUGAUGAUUUAUUACGGGAAUGCUGGCGAACAUGGCGAUUAUCAGCACCUUUUCGAACUGUACUAUAUGUGGAACUUAUCAAGAAACGAUUUGACGAAGGAGUCUUUAACAUGGAUGAUAUUCGAGAUGCAAUUCGUACAUUGGAUAAAGCUCUGAAGGAAAAUGACAUCAAUAGUUGGACGUUAACGGAUCGCGCAAGUUUAAAUUGGAUUUAUGAAGGAAUGGAACGUACUUUUAUGCGAGAGUUGGCCAAUGGAUUAUCUGAAUAUUGGAAAAUUAGUCCUGAUUGGAUUCGAGAUUUAGUAUCAAUGUUGGAUAGAAUAUAUGAGAAUCCUUUUUAUCUAUCUACUCAUCCAAAUCCUCUUGGUCAAUUUCAAAGCUUGGUUGAAACUGUGGAGGGUGCUGCUGUUGAGCGAUGGAGAAGUUUGGAAAAAGCUUGUAUCAAGGAUGAAGAUGAUCUUACCAAUUUACUUACAUUGGCUGACAAGUUAAUCAAGGAAUUAGUAUCUCUAGCUACAAAGAAAUUCAAAUCUCCUAUUAAAGGUGUACUAUCUAUACCGGGUAUUGUUAUGACCAUUCAAAUGCCUUAUUUUGCGUUAGAAAUGGAAAACUGGGCUUAUCUUCCUGCCGCUCAAGAUGCUCCCAUUGAAGUCACUUUUAACCUAUAUCACAAGGUUCUUAGUUUAAAACGACUUUAUGAUCAAUAUGGCCCUCAGCAAAAGGCUGCUUUAUUCAAGGUGGAAUCCUGGUUUUUAUCUCAUGUGCGACGUUGGCUCAAGACAACAGAUGGUGCAACCCCUGAAUGGGUAGGAAAUGCGAUCAAACAAGAUGAGUUCAAGCCAACGAAUGAUAUCACAAUGCAUUCAUCUUCUAUUGUGGAUCUCUUUAGUCUAUUCCAUCAAUCUGUGGACUUUGUUCAAAAAUUACAGUGGCCCAACGAAUAUCAAAGAUGUCGAUUCAUGACUGCGCUAUCCAAGGUAAUUGGAGUGGCUCUUACUCAAUAUACAUAUGCUUUAGAAGAUAUGAUUACGGAAGACAUUUAUCCUCACACCAUACAUGAUCGCAAUGCUCCUGGAUCCCAUUCUUUCUUGGACAAGGCAAAAUUACAACUUACUGGAAACCGAUCUUCUCUGCGACCUGAUAGUAUACCAGAUGACUUUACAAUCGAAUUAUGUGUCAAAAUCAACGACAUUGAAGCUGCAAGGUCAAGAUUGGAUCGAUUAUAUCAAAUCAUGGAUGUGGAUGAAAUCGCGGAAUAUCUUCGUGAAAAUGGUGGAGUCAAUAUCGAAAAGGAAGAUCAAAUCAAUUUUCUUUAUUCCAUCAAAGCAGUACGUGCUGAAAACUUACAAGCAAAAGAUAGUAAUGGACUCAGUGACCCUUAUGUGAUUCUUGAAAUUGAUGGAAAACAAGUAUGUCGAACAAGGACUGUCUACGAAACGUUGAAUCCACGUUGGGAUCAGACAUUUGAUUUAUGGCUUGGGAAUGAAACCGUCAGUGUACUUGCUGUAGUAUAUGAUGAAGAUCUUUUAACUGCUCAUGAUGAAUGUGGUGGUGCUUGGUUCAAGUUGUCUCCUGAAUACUUUGAUGAUUAUCAAUCACAUGAAAUGGUUUUGGAUCUUCAUCCUCAAGGAAAAUUGAUGCUACGUAUUACUAUGGAAGGUGAAAAGGAUGAUAUUCAAUUCUGGUUUGGUAAAGCUUUCCGAACAUUAAAACGAGCUGAAAAUGAUGCAGCUGGACUUAUUGUUGAUAGGAUGGGUCGUUAUAUUCGUCAUUGUCUAUCAAGAAAAAUCUUGGACAAGUUAUUAUGCCGUGAUCGAAGCUUCUUUUCAUCUUUCAGUCGCACCAAUAACAAACUAGUGGAACCUACUUUGCAAGACUGUGAAGAUGCUAUCAACCCAUUACUCGAUUAUUUGGAACGCAAUCUAAAGAUUCUCAACGAUCAUCUUUCGGAAACGAAUAUGCAGCUGGUUAUAUUAAAGAUUUGGAAGGAAAUUUUGAUCGCUCUUGAAGGUGUUCUACUUCCACCUCUAUCUGAACAUCUCUCUGAUAUGAAACCUCUUGAUGAUUAUGAAUUCCAUAUUGUGUAUAAAUGGUUGGAACUCCUCAAAGUAUUGUUCAAUGGUGGUGAAGAUGGUGAUGCGGUCCCUCUGGAAAAAUUAGAAAAUUCACAUUAUUAUGCAUUACUGGCUAUCAAUGUAGCGUACAAUCUUGAAACGGAACAACUCAUGGAAAGCUACCAUGCAGCAGUUAACAAUCAAGCAGAACUCAAGCAACGUGGUGGUAGAAAGGCAGAUCGUAGCAAAUCAGUUUAUCAUUCUAAGAAUACCGUACGAAAAAAGAAAACUCCAAAGAAGGUACAAAGUGUAGCGGCAACAGCAGCAGCAUCUAUCGACCUACCAAGUGGUGAAGUUAUCUUGCGGAUUCUACGUAUGCGAUCAGGAAAGAAUGUCCGUGAAUUCUUACGAACCGAAUUUGAAAAACGAAACAAUGCUCCUCCACCCGUCCCUCCACAUGCCGUAACUGCUGUUGCAACUAGUCUUAGAGAUUCCUCCAUCAAUGUGUCCGCUCCUCCUCUUCCUCCUCUUCCUCCUCUUCCUAAUACUAAAACAUCCUCUUUACCCCCUCCUCCACCAGUUCCAGCUCAUUCAGUGUAAUUUAUACCCUUUUGUGCAGAAAUAAAGAAUUGAAUAUCCGAU